AUGGAUGCCAAUGUGGUGGACCUUGUGUCCAACUAUAUUAUGCGAGACCCCAUCGGCAGCGCGAUGUGGGAUGACAUGACCCAGUUGAAUGUAUUUGUGGCAACUGCGUGCAGUGCUUCUCUCCGCAUGCUUGGAGAUGUGGCUAGAGGUUGCGGUGGUUCUGACGAAGUUCUAAAUGAUCAGAAGCGAUUUCCAACAAUGUCUCGUCUGUUAACCUAUCAGCAGAAAGACUUAACGGCGGUGUUGUUAGAGUUUUUGAGAAAGUACGAUUACCGAGACAUAUCGCUGUUCUGUGAUACGAAUCCCGCUCUCGAAAACUUUGAACAGUUAGCGUGUGAUGGAUUUGAAACCGGUAUGAAACGGAUACAGAAUUCCAAUAUUGUGGCGUACCGGUUUAACAUGCAGCAAAAAAACAUUGAUUUCCGGCCCACAUUACUGGCGGCGUCCAAGAACAGCCGAGUGAUCGUCAUUAUUGCUCAUGGAAAUACUACCCGUGAAAUUUUGGUCACUGCCUAUGGGCUAGGUAUGGCUCAAGGCGAUUACGUGUACAUCACCGCCUAUCCAGGUGAACAUCCAUUGUAUGGCUACUAUCGUUGGCAAUUCCAUGAUGAAAAAGAUGAUGAAGCCAAGCUUGCAUUUAAAUCGCUUUAUUUUAUUUCUAUCCGGCCUAUGAGAGGUCCGGAUUUUGAAGAUUUUGAAGUGGAAGUUAAGUAUCGAGCCUACAAAAAUUAUGGGUACAAAUAUGAAAGCAAUGAACCGGUAUCAAUGUUUACUGCACUGCAGCAUACGUUGGUUCGUUUGGUAGGACAGCUCAUAAAUGAAACAAUUCAGGAAAAUGAUCAUCUCGAAGACAAUGAUGGCGAUCUGAUUAUGGAUGGUGGUUUCGAUCCCAGGGAAGUGCCGUCCGUAAUUGGGAAUUUCUCAAUUAAUGAUGGAGAUCGAAUUCUUUAUGUUUAUGUGAUUGUGGCAAUGAAUCACACCACUUACGAUUUUGCGGAAAUUUUUUCUUACGACACCAUUGUUAGAAAGCUUUUGCCAGUACCGGGGACGAGAAUUACUUGGGCUUAUCGGGAUUCUGCUCCGCCGAAUACACCACCCUGCGGAUUCGGCGGCAUUGACAACAGCUGCUCUGUGUCAACUGGCGGAAUUAUCGGCAUUGUUCUGGGAAUAUCUGCGGCGUUGGGAGUUUUGGUGCCGGUUACUUACUACACGGCGAAGAAAAGCGGACUCUUCGAAAAAGAUGCGGAUGACCCGCGUUGGUUUGUUUUGCCGGAAGAAAUCGUAUUCAAAAAUAAUGCAGUCACCGGUUCCACGUAUUCAAGCAUAAAAAAACAACGCGUGAAAUCCACUGCCUCGCUAAAUAAAAGCAUGAGCGUUCAGAUGACGCAGUUCACCGGAACCAGCGCCAAUAACAGCCGACAAGGCACAAACAACAGUUUCACUUUUACCGGAAGCAUAAUGGAGUCUGAAAAUGUGGCCAUGUACAAGCAGCGACCGGUGUGGGUGCGCCGGAUACCAAUUACCAAAAAGUUCGCUCCCAGUUCAUCCCAGGAAAAGCUCAUUAAAAGGAUGAAGCAGACAUAUUCAACAAAUGUUUCAAGAUUUUUUGGAAUUUACCCAUUGGAAACAGAGGUUGGUUUGCUCUACGAAGUAGCACACAGAGGAAGCCUCAGUGACAUAAUACAAGGCGAAUCCAUUCGUUUUGAAUCGUCACUAAAGAAUUCGGCAUUAUCGGAUCUGACCAGCGCCUUAAUGUUUCUUCAUAAUUCCGCUAUCCAAUUCCACGGCGAACUAUCGAGUAAUAAUUGCUUAAUGGACAAUCGUUUCGUCACUAAAGUGGCAUAUUCCCGCUUGGACAUCUUCCCUCGACCGCAGCCAGAUUUUUUUCAAGACACUCCAGAGUUUAGAAGAUUUUUUACGUUUGCUCCAGAACAGCUUCGCUCACAGAAUAUCUAUAAAGGAUCAAAGGAAGGGGAUAUCUACGCAUACGGACACAUUCUCAUUGAGAUCAUGUGCGAAAUAGCGCCGUUUCAAAACGAACAAGACGUUGAUCGACUUACGGCAAAAGGGAUAAUUGAUCGCAUAUGCCGGCAAAGUGUUAUUCCAUUCCGACCCAAAAUUCCCGCGUCGGCGUUAUUGUCUCCAGUGCGUUCGCUGGUGGAGAAGUGCUGGGACGAUCGUGCUCCUGCCCGACCGACCAUUGAAUACAUCAACAGUUACCUGAAAUCGGUGCCUGGAUUUGAAAAGGAACACAAUUUCGUGGAUGACCUUAUCAACCGUUUAGCGGCAUACGCGGAAGAUCUGGAACAACGCAUCCGACGGGCACAGGAAGCAACAUUCGAGGAGAAGCGGAAAGCUGAGCAGCUGCUCUUCCAGAUUCUACCCGAGCCGGUUGCCACAAGUUUAUCCAGAGGGUUCAAAAUGGACCCCGAACUCUUCACUCAAACCACUAUCGGUUUUACGGCAAUUGAAGACUUUGGACUAAUUGCAGCGGCCAGCAGCCCCUUCCAGAUAGUGGGGCUUUUAAACGAAAUAUAUUCCAUGUUCGACGCAAUCCUCCAGCAAUUUGAUGUGUAUAAAGUGGAAACUAUAGCCGACACAUACAUGAUUGCCAGCGGUGUGCCGGUGCGCAAUAAUAACGAACAUUCGCGGCAGAUUGCUGAAUUGUCUCUGGAAAUGAUGCGACAAGCACAGGCAUUCAAAAUUAAGCAUCGUCCUCGCCCGAAAAAUAUUUUACUUCUGAAAAUUGGCUGCCAUACCGGAUCGUGCGUUGCUGGUGUGGUUGGAAAUCGAAUGCCUCGCUACUGCCUAUUCGGUGACGCUGUUAAUUACGCUUCGCGUUUGACAACCUUGGAAAAGCCCUGA